CGGUCCGUGCGCACAGGGCGGGUCUGGCGCGAUCGCCUCGCCUCGGGCUAUAAAUCCCCGGCAGGGAAGCCCUGGCCUCCACACCGCUCUCUUGCGCCUCCUGAUCUCUUCCUGCGAAGCUUCUUUGGCUCUAAACUCAGCCCAGGACCAUGGACCCCCAGGCAUGCUCCUGCGCCACAGGUGGCUCUUGCAACUGUGCCGGUUCCUGCAAAUGCAAAGAUUGCAAAUGCACUUCGUGCAAAAAAAGCUGCUGUUCUUGUUGCCCGGCUAGUAGCGACAAUUGCGCCAAGGGAUGCGUCUGCAAAGACCCGUCGUCGGGAAAAUGCAGCUGUUGUCACUAAAAUUACUCUCUGUAUAUGAUGGAAAUGUGAUAUUUUUUUUGCCAAAGCAAAAAAGGGAAUAUAUUGUAAUGUUUUCAAGAUGAAAUAAAAAUGUAGAUUUAGAACCAACAAA